AUGUCCCUAGCCUCAGGCCCCGGUAGAGCUGUUGGCAGCUCAUCCGACCAGAAAUUGUGCAUCCAAAAACAUGUGGACUACAUCAAAAACCUGGACAGCAGGAGGGAUGAGCUAGAAUAUUGGCUCACCGAGCAUCUUCGACUUAAUGGAGUUUACUGGGGCUUGACAGCCCUACACCUUCUUGGUUGCCCCGAGGGAUUACCCCGUGAAGAUACCGUACGCUUUGUUCUUUCGUGCCAGCAGGAGAGCGGCGGCUUUGGGGCUGCUCCCGGCCACGAUGCGCACAUGCUGUAUACUGUCUCAGCAGUGCAAAUACUCGUAUUAAUGGAUGCAGUAGAUGAGCUGGAAAAGCGUGGCUUAGGAGGUGCACGGAAAGUUGGCACUUUUAUCGCAGGAUUACAGGACAAGGAUACGGGCGCUUUCAUGGGUGAUGAGUGGGGUGAGAUGGAUACUCGCUUUCUAUAUGGCGCUUUUAACGCAUUGUCACUCAUGGGACUUCUUGAUAUGAUUGAUGUCCCUAAGUCUGUUGCGUAUAUCCAGAAAUGUGAGAAUCUGGAUGGAGGCUAUGGCAUUCGCCCAGGCGCCGAGUCUCAUGCCGGGCAGAUAUUCACCUGUGUCGGCGCUCUGGCAAUAGCUGGGCGACUUGACCUGGUGAAUAAUGACCGCUUGGGUGGUUGGCUUAGUGAGCGGCAGGUGGAAAAGGGUGGGCUUAAUGGACGUCCUGAGAAAUUAGAAGACGUAUGCUAUAGCUGGUGGGUCGGGGCAAGUCUGGCUAUCAUUGACAGGCUUCAUUGGAUUGAUGGUGAAAAGCUCGCUGCUUUCAUACUGUGCUGUCAGGAUCCGGAAUCUGGUGGGAUUUCUGACCGGCCAGGCCACAUGGUUGAUGUUUUUCAUACCCAUUUUGCUAUUGCAGGCCUGAGCCUCCUUAAAUAUGAUGGUGUUAAGGAAGUGGAUCCUGUCUAUUGUAUGCCGAAAGAAAUAGCAUCCAAAUAUUUAACGAGGUAG